UACCAACCUGGGGGUUUCCAUCCCGUGCAAAUUGGCGAUAAAUUUUCUGCCGGGCGUUACAGGAUUAUACAUAAACUUGGAUUCGGCGGAUCGUCUACUAUCUGGCUAGCUCGCGACGGAAAGUUUUCAGACACAGGCUCUGGAAAACUAGUAGCUGUCAAGGCCUUGCGGGCUGAUGAAUCAACUACCGAUUACCCCGACCUAGUUAUCCCCAAGUUGCUACAGCGGACCGGACCGUCUCACUAUUUUAGAAUUGUUGAAGACCAUUUUUUUGUUGAUGGGCCCAAUGGUCGUCAUCAAUUCCUUGUUUCCGCGUUGGCUGGACCCAGCGUG